AUGUUGAAGGAAUACGGUAUGGAAAAUGCAAAAGAAUUGGAUGCUGGCUACGGAAAAACCGAGUCUAAUCUUUUGAUAGACAACACCAAAUACCAAAAAUUGAUUGGAUCGCUUUUAUAUCUAAGUGUUAAUUCAAGGCCGGACAUUGCUGCGAGUGUUUCCAUACUUGCGAGAAAAGUAAGCUGUCCCACUCAGGAAGAUUGGGCAGAGUUGAAACGCAUCCUGAAGUACCUCAAGGGAACAAUUAAUCACUUUUUAAAGUUAAGUAACAACAAUUCUGAGGAUAACAUAUUGAUUGGAUACGCCGAUGCGAAUUGGGCCGAGGAUAAGAUAGAUAGGAAGUCCAAUUCUGGAUAUGUGUUCCAAAUAAAUGGUGGUUCAAUAAGCUGGGCUUGCAGAAAACAAACUUGUGUUUCACUGUCCUCUACGGAAGCUGAGUUUAUUUCCCUUUCUAAAGCUUGCAAAGAAGCAAUCUGGCUAAGACGUCUAUUGAGUGACAUGAAGAUAAUUCAAACUUCACCAACAAUAAUCUACGAAGACAAUCAAAGCUGCUUGAAACUUAUUAAAGAAGAAAAACUCAGUAACAGAACGAAACAUAUUGACACAAAGCUCCAUUUUGUAAAGGAUCACAUCAAAAAGAAAGAAGUUGAGUGCAAUUACUGUCCAACGGAAUCUAUGGUGGCGGAUAUAAUGACUAAACCUUUAAAACCACCUCUAUUUGCAAAAUUUCCAAAAUCAAUUGGCGUUGAACUCGAUUGA